CUUUAAAGUCAUCUAGAGAGAGAACCAAGUUUAAAAUUGAAAAACCAUUGAUUUCAUUUUUUAUAUAUUUUGGAGUCAACGAAAAUAUCAGAAGAACAAGCAAACACAAAGAAUGGCUGGUGGCUCCAACAACAACAACUACUUCAAUUUGGUGAUGGGAGAGCACAUGUUCAGCAAAACGCUAACACCAAGCGACGUCGGGAAACUAAACCGGCUCGUGAUCCCAAAGCAACAAGCAGAGAACUACUUCCCCUUAGAGUUCAAACAAACCAGCAAGGUGUUGGAUUUCCACGACAGAAACGGCAGGAAGUGGACGUUUCGCUACUUGUACUGGGGCAGUAGCCAGAGCUACGUGAUGACCAAAGGAUGGAUCCGUUUCGUCAAAGAUAAGAACCUCAACGAAGGAGACAGCGUCUCGUUCCUCCGUGGCUACGUCCCCGACGAUAACGAACCAAUGAGACUAAGGAUAAUCUUUUUCGUCGAUUGGAGGCACAGAUCCGACACAAACCUCGUACAAAACAUAAACUGCUAUCAUCAUCAUUACCCGGUUUUCGUGUCUCCUCCGACUUAUCCAACUGCUGGUUACUAUCCCAUGCCAAAUUACCCAAGGCCACCACCUUUUUAUUAUAACCAAUCACAAGAGAGGGAUUUUUUAGGGUAUGGUUAUGGAGAGCGUUGCUACGCGGGACCACCGUUGGAUCAUCAUCAUCAUCAGUAUGGAAGAUCUGAGCCGUUGGUUUAUAACUCUUAUCCUGUUUACCCGACCACGAGGGUACCUUCGUCUGACGCCAUGCUGCCGCCUUCUCCUCCUCCUCCUCCUUCUCAUCAGCAGCCGGAGGAGGGGACGGCGAAGAAGGUGAGGCUGUUUGGUGUCGAUGUGGAGGAGUCUUCUUCUUCAGGGGAGGCACGUGGUGAAAUGGGUGUGGCAGGGUACUCUUCGGCUAUGCAGUUAAGCGAUGAUGAAGAAUAUAAGAGGAAAGGGAAGUCCUUAGACUUAUAGAGCAAAGAUUCUCUUCUAUUCACCAUUUUCUUUAAGUUCUUUCGUCUUUUUAAAAAUUAUUAUAAUGUAAUUUGGCAAUUGGAGAAUUUAUUAUGUAGUGAGGAACUUCUCC